ACUCUCUCUCUGCAUCACUCAACUCAAAAGGAGUGCCUCGCUCGCGCAACAGGACCGGCAAUCCGAGGGGAGGGAGCAUCCGUCCAAUCCGGCACCGGCCUCUGUUCGUCCGUCCGCUGUAUAAAACCGGACCCUGUGCCCCCUCCUCUCAUCCUCUGCCUGGAGGCUCAGGCUCAGCCCAUCCAGUCCGUUCCAUCGCUCUCUUCGCAGCCCAGGCUCCAUCGGAGCUGUCGCUUCGAUUCAGGAUUGCCCAGCCUUGAUUUGAUUGCCUAGAAUUACAGGCGGACGCCAAGGAAGCAGGCCAGCAUGGUCCUGCGGCUGCUGCUGGUGACGUUGUUCUUCCCAGUGAUGUGAUCCGGCGCCUGCAAGUUUGACGCAAACUUUGCCAGGCCAAACUUUCUGAACCAGUGAAGCCCGUGACAUCGAUUCAGCAAUCCAGUCCCCACCUCACUCUCCUUCAAACAAAACCUCAAACCCAAACCACUGAAACAAAAUUUUGAAUUCAAGCACUAGAAAGAGCCAGCUCCCAACUGCAGCCAACAAAAUUCCCUCGAAUUCUUGUUCGAUCCCAUUCCAGUCAGAAGCUCUUCCUAGCACAAGCAGAAGCAGCACUUCACCGACCGAUGCAGGGAGACCCCGGGUACGGGUACGGGUACGGUGGCUACGGCCACGGUGGGUACGGCUACGGUGGCUACGGCGCCGGCGCCGGCGGCUACGGCAACGACACGGCCGGGUACGGCGCGUACUACGCGGCGAGCGACCGGUACCCCGGCGCGCCGGCCGCCUACGAGGACCCGCUCGCCGGGCGGAGGCAGCACGACUUCCCGGCGCCGCUGACAGGGCUGGAGUUCCAGCCGUCGGACACCUGCCCCAGGAACUACGUCAUCUUCGACCAGACGUACGACCGGAGCCGCGUCAUGUUCCACCCCUCCCUGGCCAGCAAUUUCGGCGGGUACGGCUACGACCAGGCCUGCGACAGCGGCGGCGCCUCGGUCCGGCAGAAGGAGGACACGGACGAGAUCGACGCGCUGAUGAGCACGGAGGACGGCGAGGACGAGGACGACGUGGUGAGCACGGGGCGCACCCCGGGGUGCCGCGGCGGGGGGUCCUCCCCGGACUCGACGUGCUCGUCCGGGUGCGGCGGCGCGCGGAAGCAGGAGGCCGGCGGCGGCGGCGGUGGCGAGAAGAAGAAGGAGCGGAUGAAGAAGAUGGUGCGGACGCUCAAGGGGAUCAUCCCCGGCGGCGAGCGGAUGGACACGCCGGCCGUGCUGGACGAGGCCGUCCGGUACCUCAAGUCCCUCAAGGUGGAGGUCAAGAAGCUCGGCGCGCGCGGGUCAAGCAGUUAGCUUUAGCUACCCAGCUGCACAAGGCAUCCUCGGCGAAUCAGCCAGCAGACAGGGUUCUUUUGUUGUUGUUCCGAUGGCGGCUUUCUGUUCUGUACGGCUACUCUGCAUGCUUCAGACUGCAUUACGCGAGAACUAGAAUUCAGAUAGAACAAGGAAGGCUCGGUUUAGUAUGGAGUAGUGUCAAGACUCAAGAAUGUUCUGAUAAGAAAAGGAAAUGGGUUAAUGCAGUCUGAAGCAACACAUUGUAACAGCACCUUGUUUGUGCAGUCAGAUCGUUCACUAACAACAAAACUCAAAUCGUUGCUACC